ACCUGUAAUUCCAUGGGAAAAUUCAAUGGUCAUUUUUACCCAGGGUUAUAUCUUUUCUCUUACGGACUAUAUCAGACAAUAGUGAUUUCCAAGGCCAUAAUCUUCAAUAACUCUCUCCUGUAUCCUUCAUGCCCUCCCAGGAAUAAGGGGAGAUGGGCCACGCUGUGGAAAAUAUCCUAUGGAGGACUGUUGAAGAUGGUGACUGGCUCCAUCUUAACGGCUUACGUGGUCAUCUGUCUUGAUGAUGGGAUGGUGCUGAUGAGUAAGCAGGUGCCACCGAGAUUUAUGUAUCCCAAGGAGUGGCAGCACCUCACCAUGUUCAUCCUCCUCAUCCUCAUUGGCUGUGCAGAUAUCACAAGCAAGAACCUGCUGCCUCAGAGGUGUGUGGUCCUAGAAAAAAGUACACUGGUCUUGACCUUCUAUGUGCUUCUGCUGCUGUUGGUGUCACACAUUCAGGCCUCUGUAGGGGUGGAACUGCAGGUUCACUCUCUGCUCAUCUUGGUGGUGUUCCUGCUGGUGUUGGUGUUGACUGCAGAGCUGUGGGUUCCUGACAUGUUUCAUCUCUGGCUGAUCGAGACUUUUCUGUUUCUGAUGAUGGGCUCCUGGCUGAUGCACACAGGCUUUAUUCUGUACAGACCAGUCACUGGAUACACAUGGCAGGACGAUGACAUGAGUGACAUUGUAUUUGUCACCACCUUCUUCUGCUGGCAUAUGAUGAUCAAUGCCUCAUGCCAGUUGGUAAUCUAUGGCUUCUCAUCCUUUUGGUAUCAUUGUUUCUGUCCUGGCUUGAAGCUCACAGGAUCCAAAGAAACUCAAUAUCACGCCAGCCCUCCAGGACCCCUCUACAAGUUGUUGCAGGAACUGGAGCAGUCUGAGAAAGAUGACCAGGCUCUCCUCCUUCCAACAAGCUCACUCUGAGAUAGGUCCUAGGAUGUCUGGCACAGAGUCUACUCUCAUCUUUCUCUAUGUGGGUUCUC